GGACUCCGAGCCCGCCGCAUCUCCCCAGUAAAUGUCGAUGUCCGACUGACUAAACAAUGUUGCUCCAGCUCACCGGGAGCGGGCUGACGCAACUCGUCGUAGCGGACAUGUCGAUAUACAACCUUCCUACUUCCGCGGCCGGAGAAGCGACCCCUAUGAACCCAAGAUAGCUGAAGAUACCGGAAAUUUUGCCGGCAGUGGUGCGCCAAUGACGUUCCUUACGCCCGUAGAGCUAACUUCGGGGCGGCGAUGACAUGCACGGCUCCGCCCCCGGAAGCACAGAUCCCCCGUGGAGCCCUCCGUCCAUCCGAGCGACGAUCACUUCCGCGCUGGGGCGGCUUCUUCACCGUCGGCAAUUAUUCGAACAGAGGGCGUUGGCUACACGCCUAAAUCCGGUCGUCCCGAUCGUCGACGACCCGAGUCGAUCAUACCCGCCUGCAACACUGGACUGGACGACUUUGGCUUUCGGUGGCCGACGAGGCAAAAUGACGCAGGAGAUGGCGGUAUAUAAGCUGAGGCAUGCAGCACGACCGACGAAGCAUUCGAAGCCGAACAAAGACCCAUCUCCCUCCUCAUCCUCGUCACGCAAUCAACGACGCUUAUCAACGACUUCGUUACAUGAUGUUCUCCACCCUCCGUACCUUCACCCUUUGGGCCCUGGUCGCCAGCGUUCUCUUGGCCAUCCCGCACGCAGACGCUGCUGCACUCAAGCAGGCGCAGAUGAAGGACCUUCGCGAGCGCGCGACCCCCGUCCAAGCCCGCUCCCCCCAGGCCUCCCAAAUGCGCGCCCGCGCUCCCAUCCCCCAGGUUUCCCAGAUGCGCGCCCGCGCUCCGGCGCCGCAAGUCUCCCAGAUGCGUGCUCGUGCGCCCGCCCCUCAGGUUUCGCAGAUGCGCCGAGCGCCCGCACCUCAAGCCUCGCAGAUGCGACGCGCCCCCAUCCCGCAAGCCUCGCAGGCGCGGCGGGAGAUGACAAUCUUCGACAUCGCCCCCGAGCGUCGCUGCCGCCGCGAUUGGCAGAGCUGCCCCAUCUUCGUCGAGAGCAAGCUCAAGGGAUUCGAGUGCGUUGACGUCCAGCACGAUCUCGAGUCGUGCGGUGGGUGUGUUACCAACGGCCAGACCUUCGGCGAUGGUGGUCGCGACUGCAGUGCCAUUCCGAACGUCGAUAGCGUCAGCUGCAUGAAGGGGCAGUGCAUUAUCGAGCAAUGCGCCAGCGGUUACGUUAAAUCUGCAGACGGGCAUGACUGUGUUGCAUCGAAGGGUCGCAUCUGAAGUCAACCGAUCAUUACACUUCACUUCGUCUUGACAGUUAAUCUGGAUAAAAUCUUCAUCAAAACUACCGUGCCUUCAAUCCUCCUCGUCAUGUUCCCUGCAUUCUUACCGUAGAUUACUGUCAUGCUAGAUUUUUGUCGAUAGAGCUGUCAGCAGCACAUUGUACCCGACGUUAUCGCCUGCAACGUUAAAUUAGAUACUUUGGAUAGUAUUCCCGACCAUUAGUCCGUUUGCUAUUGUAUCAUAAUUGUCUUCGACCAAAAUCAA